GAACGGACCGCGUUAAUCAAUCUUCAAGGGCACCUUCGAAUGAUGUUUGAAAUUGCCUCAACUCCAAUGACAAACUGGCCAAUCACUAGCGAGUAAGUUAUUUGUUUAUCUCACUCGCGGGCACUCAAAAUUGCAGACUGCUCUUUCGAACUAAUGAAGUUGACAGAUUCUACCAUACGAUCAUUUAAGCCCGUGAAAUAUUUUAAAGAAAAUUGUGAUAAUAUCAACUCUCUCAGCUUUUCCAGCAAUGGGGAAUCACUUAUAUCUAGCAGUGAUGAUGACCAGAUGGUGAUUUAUGAUUGUUCAAGUGGAACGUAAUUCUUAUUUCCCAUGCGACUGCUUUUUUAUAGACCUAGACGAACUUUAUUUAGCAAAAAAUAUGGAGUUAAUCUUAUACAAUUUACGCACAGUCCCAGCACCGCUAUUCACGCUUCUACCAAGAUCGAUGGUACCGAGUUUUUAAAUUAACCGUAAAUUAUUACAAGAUACCAUACGUUAUCUUUCACUGCAUGAUAACAAAUAUAUUAGAUAUUUUCAGAGUCAUGUUUCAAGGGUUGUUUCCUUAUGUAUGUCGCCUAUUGAUGAUACAUUCUUGUCUGGUGCAAUGGACUUCACCAUACGCCUGUGGGAUUUAAGGUCGCCCAAUUGCCACGGUGUGAUGCAUAUUUCUGGUCGACCUACAACUGCUUUUGAUCCAGAAGGACUUAUAUUUGCAGCUGGAAUAAGUUCAGAGUCAGUCAAAUUGUACGAUCUACGAUCAUUUGAUAAAGGCCCUUUUGCUACAUUCAAGUUAGGCGCGGAAGCGAAUGGUUGCUUUUGGACUAAUUUGCAGUUUUCUCCAGAUGGUAAAGCUCUUGUGUUAACAACCAACGGUACUCAUAUUCGGAUGAUUGAUGCAUUUAAAGGGACUCAUUUGCAUACGUUUACGGUGGUACCGAACGCUGAGAGACUGAUGUUAAAUGCAACUUUCACACCAGACAGUCAGUUUAUAUUGGUCGGUUCACCAGAUGGAGUUGUUCAUAUUUGGUCAGUUGAAACUGGAGUACGUGUGGCAAACAUACCAGGUUAUGAAAAUGUUAAUAAUUUACUAAAUCCAGCUAUUAAUAGCAUGGCAUUUAAUCCUCGGUUUGCAAUGCUAGCUACAGGGUCAUUUCAAACGUGUUUAUGGCUCCCAGCAUUGGAAGAGUGAAAUGAAUAUUAUGCAUGUAUCAUCUUUUGGAAGUACUGUGCGUCUCUUGUCUUUGUACAUACUUUAAAAUAAAAUCGUUUUACAA